AAUGAUACCAUUGUGCUAAAAUGUGUAAAUUCUUCCAACUGUAGUAGUUUAUGUAAUAGCUAAAUUGCGAAAUGCUUCGUGUCGAAAUUUAUCAUUCGUGCUGCCACUGUUCUUUCACAAACGUGUGAGUGCAGGGGUCCCCGCGUGAUCUUAUUUGGGACCGGCCAGAGAACCCUAGAUUUCCCUUCAUUGGCUCGUACGUUUAGAUGCAAGUGAUGUGAAUGUUCAUCGAGCAGCACACAUGGGCAGAGGGCGAAUUUAACCAUGGCAUCACAGUUAGGAAAUAGUGAGCUUUUACACUGAGUUGUGCGAGUACCUCAUGUAAUUUCUGCACUGAGGCAGAGUCUCACACCAUUGACGCUUCGUAUCUAUGUGGGAUUGUUUAAGGAAGUGGCUACUAACGCUGGACAUCAUCAUGGUAUCUUUCAAACAUUGAGCCAGCGCCUGAUCCAGCCUCCUCCCACCGCUUUUCUCGGGCGCUUUUCUUUCAGCUGCUCGUGUGACGAGCUCGCACAAGUUGUUACAAAUGUCGGAAACGUAAAAAUGUAAUUAAAAGGGCAAUUGAUGUGGCCAGCCAAAGAAGGAGCUUUGGGAGUGCAUCAAGGACCAUUAUCUAAAAUCAAACACGGUGAAUCAAAUCUGAAAACGGAGGUCCUCAAACCCCAGCCCAUUAAUCUGGAUCUCGGAAUGGUGUGUCGGGACCCCACUGGGUUCGGAAAUGCGCCGUGUUCAUGCGAGCGCUGAGCCUGACAGACAUGUCUGGUUUCUCCCUGCCCAAUCCGAUGCAGCUGGCCUUGCCGGCUCGGAGCACAGAUAAUCUGGAAAGUUCCGGCGAGCCCACCACCCGCUCCGUCGGCACCACUGCCAACCUGAAGGGGAAGAUGAGCAAGAGGCUGUCUGUUGUUAAAGGCCACUUCCCAAAGCUUGCAGACUGUGCCCACUUCCACUACGACAAUGUCGACUUUGGCUCCAUUGAGCUGCAGUUUGCUAACGAGCAGAGUGAUAGCAGCUGGAGUUUGGCCAGUGCCAAAGACCCCGUCUUCCUCGUGCAGGUCUCGUGCCAGGGUAAAACAUGGAUGGUGCGUCGUUCGUACGAGGAGUUCUGCACACUGGACGCUCACCUGCACCAAUGCAUCUACGACCGGCGCUACUCCCAGCUCCUCUCCCUGCCUGCCCUUGGUGAGAUCGGGGACAGGGUGGAGAUCUUUGCCCCCAUGCUCUCUGAGUAUCUGAAUCGUCUCUCCAUGAUCGUGGACAGUAAGCUGAACUGUGGCCCUGUGCUCAGCUGGAUGGAGAUUGACAAUCAUGGCAACCGCUUUCUGCUGAAGGAAGAGGCGUCUCUAAACGUCCCUGCGAUUGCGGCAGCUCACGUUGUGAAGCGCUACACGGCCCAGGCCAGCGACGAGAUCUCUAUCGAGGUUGGCGAUAUUUUGUCCGUGAUCGAUAUGCCGACCAAAGAGGACACCACGUGGUGGAGAGGAAAGCAUGGCUUUCAGGUCGGGUUCUUCCCCAGCGAGUGUGUGGAGCUGAUCAGUGAGAAGGUGCCGCAGUCCGUCAGCACUCCGGCAUCCAAACUCGAUGGCGAGCCUGUCGGCUCCAAGGCUGGCAGCUCCAGCGCGCCCGGACCUCCUUCGCCCACUUCGGUGUCCAAGAAGCACGGCAAGCUGAUGGGCUUCCUGCGCAACUUCAUGAAGUCCAGGCCCAGCAAGCAGAAGCUGAAGCAGAGAGGCAUCCUGAAGGAGCGGGUCUUCGGCUGCGACCUGGGAGAGCACCUCCUCAACUGUGGCCAGGACGUUCCCCAAGUCCUGUGGAGCUGCUCCGAGUUCAUCGAGAAGCACGGCAUCGUGGACGGCAUCUACAGACAUUCUGGGGUGUCCUCCAACAUCCAGAAACUCAGGCACGAGUUUGACAGCGAGAACAUUCCGGACCUGACUAAAGACGUCUACAUGCAGGACAUCCACUGUGUCGGCUCCCUGUGCAAGCUUUACUUCCGCGAGCUGCCCAAUCCACUCCUUACGUACCAGCUCUACGACAAGUUCGCCGAGUGUAUGGGAGAGAUGACGGAGGAUGAGCGCAUGAUCAAAGUGCAUGACGUCAUCCAGCAGUUGCCCCCUCCCCACUACAGGACUCUGGAGUACCUCAUAAGACACCUAGCUCGUCUAGCCACGUUCAGCAACGAGACCAACAUGCACAUUAAAAACCUGGCCAUCGUCUGGGCUCCCAACCUGCUCAGGUCUAAGGAGAUCGAGGCAGCGGGGCUCACCGGCGCCGAUCCGUUUAAGGAGGUGCGCAUCCAGUCCGUGGUGAUGGAGUUCCUGCUCACCAACGUGGAGGUCCUCUUCAGUGACUCCUUCACAUCGGUGGGGCGCUUUAAUGCAGCUCCGCCUCGCCAGUCCUUGACCAGGCCCAAGUCCUUCGUGUCCGCCAGGCUGCUGUCCCUGGAGGAGGCGCAGGCCCGCUCCCAGGCCCCCCUGCUCCUCCACGGGUCUCCUCACGCCCUGCAGAAUCGCUUCCACACCGUGCUGGACCACCCAGCUGACAGAAGGAAAAGGGGCCUGAAGGUCCGGAAGGGAGCCGGGGGAAGCUGGAAGACGUUCUUCGCCAUCGGGAAACCCGCGGGCUCGGGCCGCCGCAAACCCAUCCGGAUCAGCUCCCUCUUCCAGCCCGCCACCUCUCAUGCAGGCUGCAGGGUGGACAGCGUUACCCUGAGGUCAGCCAAGAGCGAGGAGUCUCUGUCCUCCCAACACAGCGGGACAGGUCAGGGCAAGCUCCAGCGCUUGCGAAGACCGCGUUCCAGCAGCGAUGGCCUCUCAUUGGCCGCUGCUGCGACGGACCCGCCUCUCCCGCCGCAGGCCCCCCCUCCCCAGAUCCCACCCAGCCGCUCCUACGACAGCCUGCUGCCCGACUCGCGAGACGCGGACGAGGAUGAGGAUGGCGAGGAUGACGAGGAGGGUGUCUACAUGUUGCCUGACUUCUCUCAGCCUCCGGCAGCGUCCUGGAUGGACGAGGAAGUGGUGGACUUCAGCCCCACCUUCCCGGACGAUGGGCCAGUUGCGAUUGGAGGCAGCACCACCAGUGCCCCGGGUGACAGGGAGUCCCCGCCCUCGGCCGCGCCCCCUCCCUAUCGCGGCCUGAGCCGUCAAGGCCACGCCCGCUCUGGGAGCCAACGCUCGGUCACCGAAGACCCGGACUCUGUGCUCAAUCAGUCGGAAGCGGCAGCUCGCAGGAGCCUGAUCCUGGCGGCCGCCGCCUCGCCCCAGCAGGUGUUCUGCCAGCACAGGGCCCCUGCUGCCCCUAACCCCGCCUCUAGCUCCGCCCAGCCUGGAGAGCCCAACCGAAGCCCCUCCCACAGCCAGAUCCAGACUCCUGCCCCAUCAGUCUCUUCCUCUCAGCCUCCACAGGAGCGUCGCUCCUUCACAAAGAAGGUGGUGCAUGCCUUAUCACCAAAGUCACCAAAGUCACCUCUAAUGGAUAUAUCUGAUCCUAUCGCCAUCAGUGUGCCUGCAAAGGUGCUGGAAAUGAUCGGCGGGCGAGCCGGCGAGUUACAGCCCGGAGCCCCGGGGGGCGGACCGCCCCAGCCGCCCCAGAUGAUAUCAAUGCUGCUGAGGUCGUGUGACUUCCAGCUCACAGAGAGCUGCCAGCAGGAGCUAAGCAGCAAACUGGGCCACGAGGCCAAGAUCCGGGGCCCCAGUAUUAUGGGUCCCACCGGUGCUACCCUACCCUCCCAUCAGCCCCCACCUCCUCCCCCGAAGAACCCAGCCCGCCUCAUGGCAUUGGCCCUGACCGAGAGUGCCAACAAGGCCCUCCGGCAGGGCACCUCUCCGCCUUACCGGCCCCGGCAGCCCGAGACCCCCCCAGACAACGAUGGCCGCUUCCAGCGCUCACUGUCUGCAGACGCAGGGGCACUGCUGUCCUCUGACUCGGACCAGCUGUACUCCACGGUGCGCCCCCUGUCUGUGUGGAUGUCCGAGGCUGAAGUAGAAGCUGCCGCCGAUGAGAAAGCUACAGAGGAAGUGCCCGGGGAGGAGCCGAGAUCACCACCAGGCCAGGACACAGGCACUCUCUCCUCUGACGCCUCAGUUUCGGAUUCGGGGGCGUCUAAUUCCAAGCUGUCUGCAGGCAGCUCCUCGGGGGACGAGAAAACCCCAAGCCCCAUCUACAAGAACCAGCAACAGCUUCCCUCAACACCAACCCAGCCCGAUCAGAGCAGCCCCCCCUCAGCCAGCGAGGCCCCCCCCCAGAGGAAGCCCCCAGCCUACGGCCGCCAGUUCUCCGCCCCGCACCUCCAGGCCCAGAAGUCCGCCACCCAGCCCAAGUCCUCCGGCCAGGCCAACACCCAGCUCAUGCAUUCCAAGUCGGAGAGCUCCCCGCUGACCCAGGUGCACGCCUUCCAGCCCACACGGCCCAAAGUUCCCCCCAAGCCGCCCGACCUCGCCCCUCAGAGGGCUCCGAUCUCCAGGGCGGACCGGCACGACAUCACGCGCCGCUCCCUGGACGCCGGCCGAGUCCGGCGCCUGGCCACGGCGACGCCGUCUCCUCCGGCCAACGCGCCGCUGUCCAGGGCUUACUCCGAGCGGGUCAGCGCCACGGCAGACGUGCUGUCUCGCUACCACGCAGCUCGGGUGGCCCAGACUCCAGCACUGCCGCUGCAGCAGGCCCUCGGCCACCACACUCGGCCCGCUUUCCCUCCCUCCGAGGACCCGUCCAGCAUGGAGAACUUCUACUAUGAGAUCGGUGCUCCCGAGCACCCGCAGGGCCCGCCCAGCUACUCCCGGCACAGCUACCAGAACAUGAGGCUCGAUCAGGAGGGCAGCUACCGGCUUUCGGACCCGGGGAACCAGCGGCCUGUGUCCAGGGGCCACCCUCCUCCGCAGUACUCACAGGUGGGCGCUUCCGCCAGGGCUCCUCAACUCUGGUCCUCCGAGGCCACGCGAGUCUGGGCUGCGGCCCACUCGCACUCCUCCUCCUUCUCUCACAGCCAUUCCCACCGCCGUGCCCAGGACCACCCCCCGGCCGGCCCACACGGCCACCCGCGGCUCCAGCGCCAAAUCUCAUCGUCUGUCAGACUGACCCGCAACGAGAUGUACCCCAUCCCCUCCACCCUGGGCUUCUCUGCUGGGCUGGCACCCCUGUCCGUGCACCAGCGCGGCCCACACGGCCCCCAGCGAUCGCCCUCGUCCGACCUCGCCGCCUCCCAGCUGCACCCUUACUUUGAAAACGGGAAGGUGUGCUACCGUUAUGUAGAGGCCAGGCCAGAGGAGGCACCGCUGAGCCACCAGCAGCUACCCACAUCAAAGCCACCCCAGACACAGGCGUCCCAGGCCUCCCCACUGCAAGCGCAUAAAGCAGCCUUUAAUGACCAGGAGGAGCCCAUCUACGUGAACUACCCUUUCACCAACCCUUCGGGAGCUGCUGCAAAUGCAAAGCCCUGGACUAGCACAGACCUGGAUGGUGACGCCCACCAAGGGGCGGAGCCUCUGGCACCCCCUUCUGAGGCACCACAAGCUGACGAGCGCCAGACGACCCAGGAGGCUGCCCCAGAGCACGAGAGCCCCAGCUUCGAAAGUGCCAGGCAAAACGACAACACCUCUGAACCCAGGCCCCUGGAGAUGCCGCUGGCAUCCGGCACCGCACACUUCCGCAGCCGCUCCGAUCCUCAGAGCUCUGGCUCGGAACCCGGCCAAGCGCUUCUGACGGGGAAGGACAUCGCCUCGCUGCUCAUCGAAAAGCUGGCCGAAGACGAAAGGGAGGGUCAGAGUGCGGCCACCUCCUCCUCGGCGUCUUCAUCGCCCCAUAUCGAUUACCCGCCUAACCCUUACCCCAGUCAUGGGCAACAGCGCCCCCCGCCCGCCUACAACGUCUACACCCCUGGUCCCUCAAGGGGUCAUAUCGACCCCCAGGGUCUGCCCCGAGAAGGCUCCGGUGCGUUCCAGCGCCAGGACCCCCUGCGUCGAUCUUCCGGUGCCCAGUACAGACAAGCCUUCGAUGUCAUGCCAUCUGGCGACCAAGUCCUUAAGUUUUACAGAAGCCAAGACUUUAUCCCAGGCUUCCAUGGAGACGGCACAACCCCUAACCCCUACCCCCCAAGAUCUCAUUACCAAGAUGCAUCCCAUUCCUCUGCCCCUCCCUCAAUGGCCUUCUCCAACUUGGCACUAAACACACCAAGAGGAUAUGGUGUCCAAAUGGCUGUCAAUCCGUAUAACCAGUACCCAUUCCAGGCAGGUCCGGUGCUUCCCCCCUACCCCAAUGCCCCCCGGAGGGACGUGGUCCUGGACCCCUCUCUUCGGCCUCCAGGGCUUCGUGACCAGCGGGGCCUAGGACGGCAGGGCAACCUGCCUGGUCCCAACUGGACCGUCCACACAGAGGGCCAGACCCGCAGCUACUGCUAAAGCACAAAAGAUGGCAGCGGCCCAUGUGAUUGGCUGAGAGUGACAUCCAAUAGGAAGAAUGUGCUAAAAAUAAUUCCACUGCUGUGCUGCAUCACUGAACCAAUGAGAGAAAGGGAGAGAGAGGCCGACAGAAAUGAAGGGUGCCGAAAUAAACGGAAUCAAAGAAGUGAACCGUAAAGUGGCUUAGAUAUGUAAACAUUCCAGUUGACACUGUGCUGUCCAGCAGGGGGCGUAAGAGAGUUGUUUGGCUGCUGUUUCUCUGACGUAAGUAUCAGGUAUUCUGCAUAAUGGCGUUGUUUUUCUGCUUUAGGUACUUUGUGGGUUUAAGUUACUAUACUGCUAGCACACUAGGUGACAGGAGAGAGCUGUACAGAGAAAUAAGCUUAGCAUGUGCUCUUUUUUAUGAUGGCCUCAUGCUGCUGGUGGUUUUGAAGAAGCUAUUUUAAUCAUUUUGUUUCAAUAUUCUGCUGUUUCCAGCAGGUUGGCUUUUUUUUUUUCCAUUUUUAUUGCUUUUAAAUUUUUUAAUUUAUUUAAGUUUUUGUUGCAAGGAGAGCAUGUACAGUAGGGUUUUUGUUUGUUUCUGACAUUGUGAAAAAUAGGAUUUUCGUUUUAGUUUUAUUCAUUGCCUCUGUCUGAGAGAGAGUGAGUGUGUGUGCAUUAGUGUAAGAAUGAUUCUGUAUCAUUAGUCCAUACUAUUUCCUGCAAAGGAGCUACAUAAAGAACAUGAAGAAAAACACUGCCAUGUGCUUAAGGGAUACCGUGUGUGUGCGUGCACGCGCGCGUGUGUGUGUGUGUGUGUGUGUUUAUGGAAGGUACUGCAUAUGUGUUUGGUUCUGGGUACCUGAUUUGAGAUUUCAAUAGCUGAACUACACUCAUAACUGUUGUGCUGAUUCCUGAACAUUGCACCUGUACGUUGGAAAGUAACAUGGAGAUUACUGUCCAAGCCAAGUGUUCUCAUGCCUGGUCCAUUUACCUUCUGCCCCUUAAAUUCGUUUUUGCUAUAACCAAUGCCUUUUCCUGGUGGUGUGAGACACCUGUAGAACAUUUAUUUUCUAAGUCUGAGGAAUUGAUCCAGUCCCUUUAGCUAAGGCAACCGUCUUCGCCUAAAGUUUGCGUCCCUGCCACACAUUUCAUCGAUGUCUGUCGUCAGUUCACAGAGCUCAAGCUUUGGUUCUAGAGAUUGGCUCUCCUCCCAAACACCUUAGCCAGCGACCUAUGGCCUCCCUCGUCUGACCGCCGAAGUCGAUUUUGCUUAGAGUUACUUCGCAGGGGCCUCAUUCAGCUCAGAGGGGAAACGUGCGCUUCCCUUAGAGGUUAGCUCACCCAUGUGGAACCAACACUUCAGCCCGGACCCGAGCCGGGUGCAGUCAGCUGCGAAACUCGGCCCGGAGACCUGGGCGGCGCGCUCGGCAUGGGUUUGUGCAUACAGGAGAGGCCAAGCUCCAGGAGCAUGGCUGCACGCUCCUUGCAGGCGGGACCGAGGAUGACUCCUACAGACAUUUUCACGUGACUGAUGCCUUUUCUUUAAGCACUUGUCGGGUGGCGUGUCGAGGCAUGAGCACUACCUCCGAAGUCAGUGUUAAUGCGGAUGUACGAGUCGUCAUCUCCUCACAUUUCUCAUGUAGUGCUACUUGUCCUGGCCUACUUCACAAAGUGAAUGCCUUGCACAUUUCUGUUUUUCCUUUGCUACUCAGUAGUGAGCAACUUUGCUGACAAGACUUGAAGGUACAAGGUUUAGCAUGUUGUGUGUGUGUGUGUGUGUGUGUGUGUGUGUGUGUGUGUGUGUGUGUAAGGGAGAAUAAGAACUCGGUUUUUAUCCAUAACUAUGCAGUGAAUAAGUACAAGGGAAGAAUUUCCUACAUGGUAUCAUUUUCCUCCAAAUGGUAAUACUACCUAUGUAUUUCAAUGAUUGUGUGUGUGUGUGUGUGUCUGUGUGUGUUUGUGCACGCUUUAAACCUAAACUUUUGUCCAAUGGUCUGUCUUUCUGCCUUGUAGCACUUUGCAAAAGGCAAUUCAUCAUAUUUUGUAAUGUUUACCAAUGUGUGAAUUAAAAACUUGACCGUUGCAUCAGUCAUGAA